UUUAGCCAAUACUGAAUGGUAGGUUGCACCUCCCCUUUUGUAUUCACUAAUUAUAGCACAUUAGCUUCUUUAUACAAAAAGGAGAGAUGCAGUUUCUUUAAGAGCUGACGCAUUUAAACAACUUUUUCCUCUCCUCUCUAAUGCUUUAAUGGCCACUCAGAUUAACUGUAGUCAAAUGAGUCUUUCUUUACCUUCAUAAAGAAAGAUAUGAAAAGCUGAGGUUUCUUAGAGGAAGGAAAAAGGAAAGAGAGGGUUGGUAGUUGAAGCAGGGUUAUAUGCUUUAAGUUCUUUUCUUCAUUGCUUGGAUAUUGAAGAUGCAAGUUUCUCAUUUGCUAGGGUCAUUCACCAUUCCUGCAUUAUAUGUUUUUCUUUUACCCCUUGUUUCUUGCUCAUCUCAUGGGGGGGAUACUGCAUCCAGCAAUCACAAGAGCAUUAAAGAGAAUGUACACAAGCUGAGUCCUCAAAUGACAUCUUAUAUCGCCGUUCAUGGCCUUCUCCUCUGGGUUUCCAUGGGGUUCUUAAUGCCUGUUGGGAUUCUUUUUAUUAGAAUGGCCAAUAAAGAGGAAGGUGGGAGAAGGGUUAAAGUUUUGUUCUAUCUCCAUGCCAUGUUGCAGAUACUUGCAGUGCUUCUUGCAACAAUUGGAGCUGUCAUGUCCAUAAAGAAUUUUGAGAAUUCAUUCAAUAACAGCCACCAAAGAUUAGGUCUAGCCCUUUACGGUGCCAUUUGGAUGCAAGCCUUGAUUGGAUUUUUCAGGCCUCCUAGAGGAAAUAAAAGAAGAAGUACAUGGUACUUAACGCAUUGGAUUCUUGGAACAGCGGUAUCUCUGGUGGGGAUCAUUAACAUCUACACUGGCUUAAAUGCCUACCAUAAGAAAACAUCGAGAAGUACUGGCAUUUGGACUAUACUUUUCACUGCUGAGGUCUCUUUCGUUGCUUUCUUUUACCUCUUCCAAGACAAAUGGGAGUAUAUACAAAAGCAAGGGCUGAUACUAGGCAAUGCUCCCCAGCCAACCCCACCUUCUGAUCAAGAGAAUGCCACUGAGCAAAGAGAUAACCAAAAGGUCAUGUUGCCUGAACCAUGUGGCAAGCGUAAUGCACUUAGGAAUUUGUUUGACUGACUUUGGAUUCUUUUUCUUUUCUUUUUUUUUUUUUUUUUGCAAAUUGAUCUUUAUCUAGUAGUCAAAAGUUUCAUACUCUACUUUUUGAUGCCUUUCCUGGCUGAUACAAAGCACACCCUUUGAAUAAUACUUUUGAUGGAGAAUAUAUACAUGCAUCAAAAAGUGGAGUAUGAACAACUUAUCAUUUUUCUCUUAUAUAUAUAUAUAUUCAUUGUGUUGUGAUCAACAUUGGGGUGUCCAGGUAAUUGAGAUGUAUGUAUAUAUGUAGGAAAUGAAAUACUAGCAUAUAGUGUGACUAUGUUUGAGAAGUGUAAUCAAAGUUUGUAAACCUCUAUAUCUGGAGAUGCUGAUGAAUGAAUGAAAAUUUAUUAAUGUUA